AUACGUCCAGGUCGAUCACUCCGCUAUCGGUUGCAAACGUGGAAUCACUGACAAAGAUCUCACCAUGUUUGUAGUCAUUUUAAAUCAAUUAGGUGGACUUCUAGUUUCCGUAUUUCCCCUAUUCAUAGUGUUAUUCAUGGUCCUUCGACACGGUCGGAAAAGGGUGUUCGAAGUGAAAGAGAGACUCCUACCUCCCGCGAUUUUGACUGAUCCCAAAUGGGGAGAACACGGCUACUUGCAACUACCGGGACUCAAACUACAUUAUGUUGAAAAAGGAGACCACAAAAAGCCGUUGAUGUUGAUGCUUCACGGAUUUCCAGAGUUUUGGUUCUCAUGGAGGCAUCAGCUUUUGCAUUUUUCCAAAGACUAUUGGUGUGUGGCUAUCGAUAAUCGAGGUUAUGGUGAUACAGAGAAACCAACGGGCAUAGACCAGUACCAUUUGGACAAACUAGCCGCUGAUGUGAAACAUGUUAUUGAAGCCUUAGGUCAAAAGAAAUGCAUUCUUCUUGGACAUGACUGGGGUGGUGCCAUUGGAUAUUACUUCGCUGGCAAAUACCCCGAAAUGGUUGAUCAGUACGUUGUCGUCAACCUACCUCAUCCGUUAUCUUUGGCCCGCCAACUCACCAAAGGGUGGGAUCAAAGGCUCAAGUCAUGGUAUAUGCUCUUCUUUCAAUGCCCUAUUAUCCCUGAACGUUUGAUGCGUCUGGGUGACAUGAACUCAUUUGACCUGAUGAUGAAAGGCAUUCAAAUCGAGAAUCGCGACCAGCUUUGCGAAGCUUACAAAUACACCUUCAGGGACCCUAAUGCGUUCCAAGGACCGAUCAAUUACUACAGAGCUGCAAGUCAGUUGAGUGUGACUCACAAGCCGAAACUGAACGAUGUGCCAGUGUUUUCGGUGUACGGAAAUCAAGAUGCUUACCUUAGCAUCUCGGCUUUCAAGGGAAGUCGAGAUUUUGUUCAAGACUUUCAAGAAUGCCCCAUUGAAGGCGUGUCUCAUUGGGCCAUGAUAGAGGCUCCGCAGCAAGUCAACUCUGCUAUUGAAAGUUAUUUGAAUAACAAGAGAGGCAAAAAUAUAUAAUUGUCACAUGGGUGAAAAGAAAAGCAUGUCCAGAUUGUUAUUCAGCAUUGACGCAAAUAUACUGCACUGGAGCGUUGGCAAUGGA